GUUACAACCGUGACCGCCUCUCUCAGCGUUUGUCUGGCACUGGCCACCCUUGCCCGGAUCUUCACCAGAUGAAUGACGUCAGCCCACCUAUCACGUGACCCACAGGGGGUCGUAGGAGGCUCCGCCCACAUACAUGACGUCAUUAGCUCCAGUUUCUAGACUGACGUACAUUACUGUAGAUAGUUCUUUGUACAUUGUCGCCACAUUAUUGUAUACUAGUAAAUCAAAACUCAACAUUAUACUAUAACAGUAAAUCAAAA